AUGAUACCGUGCGAUUUGAAGAAGUUGCCAGUAUUUGGUUCCUUGGAAUCAAACUUCAUCUCAAGAAUUCAUAUGGCUAUCUUGUUUGGUAACAACGGCGAACAAGCUUUAGUUGCAACAAAGGACAGAAUGGUGUACGGAAUAAGAAGCAUCAGCAGUCGUUGUGAUCAUGGCAGUAUUGAUAAGAGCAUUUCUUCUCCCCAGAAAAUUGAUGCAUUGUGUGGAAAGCACAUAAAAACUUUUGCUAAAAGCCAGAGUUUUAUUUUGGCUCUGACUGAGGAGGGAGAGGUAUAUUCAUGGACUCAAACCUCACGGGACAAAGUGUUAUUUCCUAACUAUGAUACGAAAUGCUAUAGAAUGAAAAUUAUUCAUAUUAGUUGUGGAUAUUCAUUCACGGUAGUAGUUACAGAUAAUGGAGAAGUUCAUUCGUGGGGCUCUAACACUAACGGUCAACUAGGCAUUGGGAAUUAUAUUAUUAAAGAUUAUGACAAAUGCAAAAUCACGGGCCUUUCUGGAGUAGUGAUAGAGAAAGUAGUUUGCGGAUACGCACAUACUUUGGCACUGAGUUCCAAGGGUUGUCUUUACGUUUGGGGAUCUAAUAACCACGGGCAACUCGGUAUUAGUAUUCAACAGACCAAAAGUAUCGACCGAACAGCAAGCCUUCGCGAGCCACAGAAGUUAGAAGUGCCGAAAAUGGGGAGAGUGUACGACAUAGCCGCGUGUUGGUGUCAGGACAUAAGCGUAGCGAUGGGUGAAGCUAAUCGGAUAUUUAUAUGGGGCUAUUGUCUGAACAAGGAUAUCGAAGUCCCAACCCUUACUCCUUUAAGAUGUCUACACGACUCUUUCGCAUUUUACAAAAGUAGAAUAAACAUUUGUCAUUUGUUAAUUGUCAACGAUGAAAAAGAAACGAAUGUAAUGGGUGGCAUGGAAGAAGCUUUCGAUGAUCCAAGCACCAGCGAUUUAAUUAUUCAAGUACAUGGGAAACCGAUUCACGUGCAUAAAGUAGUGCUGAAAGUACGGUCUCGUUAUUUUAGGACCAUGUUUCAAGAGCAAUGGACGGAAAACAGUCAGAGCGUUAUAGAGCACGAACAAUUUUCCUACGACGUGUACAAAAGUUUCUUAAAAUAUUUGUACACUAACGAAGUCGACCUAUGUCAAGAAGAUGUAUUAG